ACUUUUGUUCCAUCGCAUCACAAUGUUUUUGUUAUCAAUCAGUCGGUGUUUUUAGUAGUUUUUCUUCGAGACAGAUUAGAAUUUGGAGUAUUUUGUUGACUUAAGAUUUGGCUUUCAGUAUAAAAAUGGACGAGGACCACUGUCGCGAAUUGUUAGCCAAUCUACAACUAGAACAGAGCAGAAAGACGGUCCUCGCGGAGAUAAAAAGUACCUUAAUUUCGGCGAACAAUACGGAAAUUUCUCACAGCUGUCUCAAGUCACCGGAGCUUCUGGACUGCCUAGAAGAUGCUAACAGCGAGCAAACUAUGUUGGCGUGCGACAUCCUUUCCUUAUGUUUGAGUAAUUUGUCUAUCGAUGAACCAGCUGAGGUUAAGAACGUGAUUGAAAAAUCGUUGAGUCAUGCCAACCCCAAGGUUCAAACUUUCGGUUUGAGAGAACUACGCCGUCUGUUGGGAACUCAGCCUGAUUUGUUUGCGAAUGAAACUUUGAUACUACUGGUCAUCAAAUGUCUUGCCUCGGAGGAUAUCAGCGUCGGAACGCCGUCGAUUGAGCUUCUUGUAUUGUUGCUGCCACGCUUCGUCAAUCUGCGCGGUAUUCAAGAGAAUUUGGAAUCGUUGCUCCGAAAAAAUGAAAUUAUUCGAUGCAGGUUGUACGAGGUAGCAGUGAAACUCAGUCUUCAAUCCGAAGAGCUGUUGAAUACAAUGGAAAAAAUACUGCAGAAUGCGGUAAAAGAGCUGGACGUAGAGGAUGUGCUGUUGCAGUUGAACGUUUUGCAGGUCCUAUCUGAGCUGGCCGUCAAUAAUCACGGAAUGGCUUACCUGGAAAAUAACGGUGUAUUUGAUAACUUGUUACGGAAAAUCGAUAAAUUGGACGACGACCCGUUGGCAUCUAUUUUGAUACCGGGUCUGAUGAAAUUCUACGGAAGUAUUGCUGCAAUGCAUCCGUCGAAAAUAUACGAAGGCUAUCCGAAGAUUGCUUCUCUGUUAUUUGAUAGUAUAGUUUCGGAUGAUCUGUCGGUUUUACCGGUAGCAUAUGAUACUCUGGGUUGCCUAGCUAACACGAACGAAGGAAAACGCCAACUCCAUUACAAGCAUGGUGCUUCAUUGAAAAAGACGCUGAAGCAUUUCAACACAAUUAUUCGGAAUUUACCUAAUGAUUUAAAAGAGAGACUACUGCACUGUCUGCAAUCACUCUUUUCCAUUGACACCGUUGAUAAUCAGAUAACAACCAUCACGCAAACUUGGUACAAUUAUAUGACCGAGGAAGAAAAUCUGAACCUGAUAAUGGACUACAUAAAGAACCCUUUCCCGGAUAUGAGAAGAGCUGCGUUAGCACUGCUUAAAGCGGUCAUCGGGCACCGGUGGGGCCAAGUCUAUAUGCUAAACACCGGUGGUUUCAUGGAGUACAUCCUGGACAGGAAGCAAGAGGUUGAUAAAGAUGUCAUAGUAGAUAAAUACGAAAUAAUACGCCAGCUGGCAUCGUCAACGGUUUUCGAUGCACAGACGAUCUUCGAGCUGAAGAAAUACGUUGCUGAAGGAGCCUUCUAUGUGCAAGGUAUCACCGAAGUGGCCAUCGAGGGUGCCGCUUAAUUUUUUUUAACCGACAUUAGCGUAAGUUGUACUUAUUUAAAUUUCAAUGAAAUAAAAAACGCAUUUGUACUGGUCAACGGUAUACGAUUCAGUAUCAACAUUA